CGAGGAAGAUGAUAGAAAAGAAAUGGCACAAGGCAGUGAAGGUAAAGCAAAUAAUUUGUGAGCAUAGUCUACUCGUACUUUGAAAUUAUUCUGUACUAUUUCACCCAGAGCCAGCUCACACCAAAUAGCGCUUUGUCUUAUUUUCCAGGAUUUCUACUGUCGAUUUGACAUCAGCCGUACCUUGCCACAUGCGAGGUAUAGCACUCGGCAUGGUCCCGCACGGGUGAUGGUCAUGUCUUUGAUGGGGGCUUGGAGGCAAUUCUGCCUCGAAAACAGAGAAUCAAAGGUGGGAUACACCCUUUUUACGACACUACGCCCCAAGAAUGUGCGGAGGCUGGGCUCAGUGCCAGCAGAGACAUGCUUGUGCAUACUGCCUUAACAUAAAGUAAGUGGUUAAGCUGUAAAAUUAUAAUCAUCAGUGUUGUGAAACAUUUUCAGCUCUCUUCAAUAGUGCUAGGGCAUAAUUUCCCUUUAAAAAAAAUUUUGCAGAUACAAGAUAGAUGCUCUGAACAGGGUGCUUUCCGCCAGUGGGGAACCUGUGCUGCCCUCAGAGGAUAAGCUGCUGAGGCUUAUCUGCUGCCAAUUUGCGAAGACUCCAAAGGCAGACUGCAUAUUUGGCAAGGGAUUGUUUUCUCAAUUUUGUUUCAACAGCCAGUAAUAUUACUUUUUUUUCAGCCCACUUCAGAUCAUUCAUACCAUUAAACAUCAUUAUUGUAAGGGUUUUCUUUGCAACUUAUUUACUCUGCAGGGACUUGUGAUGAGUGUGCUGACACACUGAGAGAGGUGAGGUUGUUGGUGCAGCCAAUUGUGCACAAACAACUGUGUUGGAGCAAGUGGGGAAGGAGAAGGGAGGAUGGCAAGCUGGACAUCACGACAUGUUCCGGGAGUGUGGCGUAAGUUCACAGAUGUCUUUAUACCAUACCAGGAAUAUUUUGUAUUUCACCCCUACCCCCUUGUCCAAGAAAGCUUAUAUAAGGCAGUUUACUUACAAAUUAAUAUCUACAUACUUGUAUUUCAGAGAUCUUCAGUGUCUCCAACAAGGGAUUGACAACAUGACGAAGACUGCCACAUUUCGGGAACAUAUUUUUACUGCCCACUGGCAGCAAACGCAAUACCGUGAGCUGAAGUAUUCUCUGACGCCAGGUUUGUCAUAAAGUUUAUUUUAUUCUAGCACUUUACAUUAAAAUUUGUACUGCCUUUGGAUCUAGAACACUAGCACUAGAUCUAUGCUUGCUAAUAUUGGUCACAAACUAAAGAUCAUUUCAAAAGCUGUAUUAUAUUCAUUUACUGAGAUUUUUUUUUAAAUUUCAGGGGAAGUCCUUAUGGUGGAGGAUUUCGCAGAGAACAGGAAAGCGACUUUCUCUGAAGAGGUCAAGUCUGCCCACUUUGCCAAGAGGCAAAUAACCCUCCACCCAAUAGGGUGCUAUUGGAAAGACCAGCGUGGGCAGCUCUUCCGGCACGUGCUGAUGUAUCUGUCUGACGACAUUAAACAUGAUCAUCAUGCCGUGCAGUAUUUUACUGCACAUGCCUACGACAUGUGGGAGAGCUGGUCAACCUGAAUAGAGUUAUACUCUAUAGUGAUGGCUGUGCUUCCCAGUAUAAGGGAAAAGGAUCCAUGGCAGACCUCUCACUUUUCCAGGGACUGGAGGUUGAGCGGGUCUACUAUGGAUCCGAGCAUGGAAAAGGUGAGGCUGAUGGUGAGACCGGAGUCCUCUCUCAACAAGUACGCAAAGCCGUGCUGGGAGGACAGGUCAAUAUCCGUCAUGCCAAUGAUCUGUUCAAGUGGGCCUCUGAGAAUCUGAGUGUCAAGAAGGAAUUCUCGGCACGAACUUUCUUCUUGAUCUCAGACAUCAGCAGAGACCGGCCUGAGACCAGCAUUAAAACUCGUCGGCACCAGGAAGUUCCAUCAGGUCCAACGACUGGCAGACUACUUUUUAAGGAGCAGACGGCUGACAUGUUUCUGCACUGCGUGCAGACGCAACUUGCCCAGCUUCUGUGUCAACUUACAGUAUGUAGGUCCUUGGACUGAACACCAUUUGUCCAGGUAGGUUCUAAUGGUUUCAGAUUUACUGUUAAAUUAAUGAACUGUUAUUUGAUGCUUUGAUAGAACAAAUCUUUUAAAAAAAACUUAUAUUCUGAUUAUAAACAUUCUCAGACUCCAUGAAAAUCUCGACGAGGCUUUUAUCCAGGCUCCUGUGGAUGAAGGGGAGGCACAGCAGGAGGAGGAGGCACAGCAGGAGGAGGAGGAGGCACAGCAGCAGGAGGAGGA